AUGCCUUACUCUGUUAUCCGGGGGGAGCACUUUAAAUUGAAGGCAACUGUCUUCAACUACCUGACCAGCUGCAUCAUGGUCACUGUCACUCCUUGCCUCUCCUCAGAUUACACCCUCAAACCUCUGUCUGGUGACCAGUACACAUUCUGUUUGUGUACCAACGACCACAAGACCCUCAGGUGGAACAUGAUCCCAACAGCCUUAGGGGUUGUGAAUGUGACUGUGUCUGCUGAGGCGGUGGCAUCCCAUGUUUCAUGUGAUAAUGAAGUUGUGAGCGUACCAGACAGAGGUCGCAUUGACAUAGUCACAAAACCUCUCAUAGUAAAGGCUGAGGGAACUGAGGUGACAAAGACGUACAACUGGCUGCUUUGUCCAAAAGGAAACACACAGACAGAGGAAACAGAGAUACAACUGCCUGAGAAUGUGAUUGAAGGAUCUGCCGGCACUUCUGUAUCAGUCCUGGGUGACAUCCUCGGCCGGGCUCUGAAGAACCUGGAUGGACUGCUGCAGAUGCCAUAUGGAUGCCACUAUGGAUGUGGAGAACAGAACAUGGCUCUCCUAGCCCCCAACAUUUACAUCCUCCAGUACCUAAAAGGCACACAGCAGCUCACCUCAGCCAUCAUGGAAAAAGCUGCCAACUUCCUGACCAGUGGAUACCAAAGACAGCUCAAUUAUAUAAGUUAUGAUGGCGCUUAUACCACAUUUGGAACAGGACCAGGAAAUACUUGGCUGACUGCUUUUGUGGUGAGAAGUUUUUCCAAAGCUCAGUCCUUCAUCUACAUUGAUCCAAGAAAGAUCAAAGAGUCUAAAACCUGGUUAGAACAAAAACAGCAAGAAAAUGGCUGUUUUGAAACGUCAGGGAAACUCUUCAACAACAGAAUGAAGGGUGGUGUGUCUGAUGAAGUGACUCUCAGUGCGUACAUCACUGCUGCCUUCUUGGAAAUGAAAAUAUCCCCAAAAGAUCCUGUGGUCUACAAGAGCCUGAUUUGCCUCAAGGAGUCCAUCAGUGACCUCAGCAACACCUACACUACAGCUCUGCUGGCGUACGUCUUCACCCUGGCAGGAGACAUGGAGACCCGUGCUCACCUUCUGCAGCACUUAGACACAGUUGCAGUGAAGGAAGGAAGCUUCCUCUACUGGUCUCAGACAGCAACAGAAACAUCAGCCUCUCUGUCAGUGGAGAUCAGGUCUUAUGUGCUGUUGGCCAAACUCAGUGCCUCCCCGACUGUUGAGGACCUGGGCUAUGCCUCUGGCAUUAUCAUGUGGCUGACUGGCCAGCAGAACUAUUAUGGAGGCUUCUCUUCCACUCAGGACACAGUGGUGGCUCUUCAGGCUCUGGCUCUCUACUCCACUCUGGUGUUCAGUCCUGAGGGUUCAAGCACAGUGACCGUUCAGACUCCCAGCAGUCAGCUGACAUUUGAUGUAAAUCAGGACAAUAAACUGCUCUACCAGGAGAAGACGAUGCAGGACGUGUCAGGAAAAUACAGCCUGGAGGUGAAGGGCACUGCAUGUGCUUCAGUGCAGAUUUCUGUUCACUACAACAUCCCAACUCCUACUGAUGUCACCACUCUCAGCGUGAAGGUCAAACCAGAGGUCGACACCAUAAGUGAAUCUCCCAGACCCAAACUCACUCUGAAAAUCAAAUCCCUAUACAGUGGAAAGGAGAGCACUACAAACAUGGUGAUCCUGGAUAUCAAAAUGCUCUCUGGAUUUGUCCCAGACCCAGAGUCUUUGAUGAUACUCAAAGGUGCCCUGAUGGUGGAUCGUGUUGAACAAAAGGAAGAUCAUGUUCUUGUGUACUUACAGGAGUUACUAAAGGACACCCCCAUCAGCCACAGUUUAGAGAUCAUACAGGAGCUCCCAGUGGACAACCUGAAGCCGGCUGUGAUCAAGAUCUAUGACUACUACCAGCCAAGUGACCAGGCUGAGACAGAAUACAUUUUCAUCCCUCAAGGUACAGUUUGGUUGGUCCAGAGGGCAUCGCUCAGCCUAAAACCUUUAUUAAAGAUGCUUUUUGUGCUCACAUGUGUCUCGAUGCAUUUUUGUGUUAUCAGCUCUUAGAGGUCUUCACUACUAUUAAUGUUUAAUAUUCUUUUAUAAUAAAAUCUGCAUCCAACAAGUUGACAGGACAUCCUUGUGACUGCAUGUUCAAAAGAGCCAUAUUCAUGACUCCACAGUUUAAAUAUCUUGUUGUUUAAUCAUUAGAAAGUUUCUUACAGUUUUAAUAUAUCAAAAUCAAUAUAUUUCAAGUUUAUUGACUGAUCACUGAUUCAGUAGCAGCAGAGUCUACUCAAUCAUCAACCUGUUCUACAACCUGGAGAGUUAAUAAUGGUAAACAUCUG